AUUUAUCAUAUACGAUAAGUUGCUUCUUAAGUGUAAUUUAAUUAACCUAUGAAAAUAGAAAAAGUGGAAACUCCACAGGUCGCUCAACACGACAAAAACGAAACUGUUGCAGGCUCGGUUUGGUUGAGCCUGUUCAUUGACGGCAGUGGAAAUGCAUGCUACCGUACACACCCUCUAGCCCCGGAUUGAGCAGGACUCAACAUGUACAAAUGAAGUGAUACUUUAAACUGUAUUAACCUGUAUCUCGAAUAUAGAGGGAUUAUUUAUUUAUUAGGUGCAUCCACGGCCGAGUGGUUAAUGUCGCAUACUUGUAAUAACAUGCCACUCAUCAAUGUGGGCUGCCAACUCUUCUUGGAAUAUAUAAUUCUCCAUGUGAGGAAGACGUCAAGUAGGCUUAUGGAAGGCCGGCAAUUCUACCCAGGGCACGCUCAUAUCUUAAAAAAUGCCCGGAGUGUCACCUUAGGAACUGCACAGACGUCCAGCUUGUGUCGGAUGUUGUCGAAACUAUGUUUAAGAAGACGGGCGUUGAUGAAAUUCAACUGAAAUUACAAGAGAAGAAUAUAGCAAUGGAGAAGAUUAAAACAUCCAGAAAAACACUUCUCGAUGAGUUCGAUAAAUCAAAAACGGAUGCAGUCAAUAAAUAAAGGCAUUUAGAGCAGAAAUGGAAACGAUGCUUCGAAACAUGGAAAAGGAAUCGAUAAAAGAAGUAGAAAAGGAAUACCAAAUAAAGAAUGCAAUGCUGCUGGAGGAGAUAAAGAUAUCCGAAAACCAGAUUACAGGCCUCGAGCGAGCUGCGGACAACAUUAAACAAUCAGACGGAAAUGUAGCUCAACAGUUUGUUUCCAUAAAAACAGCUCAAAGGGAAAUUGUCCAGACUGACGAUAUUAUGAACUCCUUCAAUGCACACAUACAUGCAAAGGUAUCAUUUGCUACUGACCAAAGUGUUUUGGAGUUUCUACAACAAUUGAAGACGUUUGGGUCGGUCCUAUGCGAUACAGCCUACCUAGUCAAGGGAACUAGAGAAAUGAAUACUAGAGUACAGAGUGACACAUCAACCUGUACUGUAUACGGGUCAUGCUUAACACAAGGAGGCAAGCUACUACUACCUGACCUUAACAAUAAAAAGUUGAAAUGUUUCGACAUUGGCAAACUUUUGGUAGAUGACUACUGUGACCUUCACUUUGGUCCACAUGGUGUGUGUUGUAUUGAUAACCAGAAGGCAGUUGUUACAUUGAAUAACAGAACCAUCCAGUUUGUCUCCCUUGGCAAUCAGAUGAAACUAAGACAUGACAUAAAGCUGAACCAUCCCUGUUUCGGUAUUGCUUAUAAGGAUAACACACUUCUGAUAACUGACAACAGCACGUCACUUUACAUACACGACAUGGCUGGAACGCUGUUGCAGACGAUAUCCAAAGACAGUUCCGGAAAUAAUCUGUUCACCCAUUGUCGCCAGAUUGCUUUCAGUGAUUCUGGAGAUAAAAUUUAUGUGGGUGAUUACCAAAACAAAAUUGUCACUCUAGAUAGACAGGGAAAACACUGCAGCAGCUUCUUUGAUUCUGAUUUUGUCAAUGGUAUCGGCGUCUGCACAGAUAGAAAAGGGAAUGUGUUUGUGCUAAUGAAUAAAAAAAUGUUAUGCAAAUAAGGCAAAAUGGACAAAAAGUUGGCAUCGUAGUAAAACCGUCAGAUGGAUUGAUACAACCAUGGUCCAUUACUUUUAGUCCAGAGAUGAAUACUUUAUUUGUUACCGAAAAUAACAAUGACAACGUUAAAGUCUUUGAAUUACAGUAGUGCCAAUACCGUAAAAUUAAUUGACUUGCCGUAACAGAAUCUGAAAUAUGAUGGACAUUUAUUUCUCCUUCUAGGAGUGAGAUAAGAUCAUAUUUCAAGAGGAAAAAAAACACAAAAGUGACAUAUUUUGUUAAAAAAUUGAUAACGUCUGUCAACAAAAACACCCUUAACAAUGUGACAAUACGAUACUAUUUUUAUCAAGUAUACAUGGAUAUUAUUGUACAGGAGGUUGCUGUACAAUACAGUGGAAAGAUAAUAAGGCCUUUCAGUUUUCGGCCAGCAAAACUCGAUUGUGCAGUUCAAGAUUAAAAGUCUGACAUCACUGUUUUAAAAAAAGGAAGGUAUAAGAUAAAGCUGUAGGAUAUAUGAAUGCAAUAAACAUUGUGUAACUACAAUUAUACGUAAUGAAUAUAACAUUUGCUUACAUUAAUCUUACCUUAAUCAUUACACUUCAUGUUUAUAUGUAAACUGCAUUAUUUGCAUAUGAUUUUCAAGGACGGGCCACUAUAAAACUUCUAAGGCCCACCGCGAUCAGUCUUUUUUUAUAAACAAUAACUGUACA